AUGUUACCAGUUCCGUCCUUCUCAUCGUUCCCAGCGCUACCUUCAAAUUCCUCCGGCGAAGUCAAGAACAGCGAUAACGAGAAAAAGAGCAGAAAAGGGAAACGAAGGAGACGUGAUAAAGACCUCGAUCUCGACCCCGUACGCGAUGAUGCGAAACGCGAGCGCGCCGAGGACAUCGUGCUUUCUUGGGACUCGACACCCCCGUUGUUCUACUCAGACCGACGAGGAGACCCAAGUAAUCUUACGAUGGGUCUGAAUAGGCGGGAGGUUCCGAAAUAUCGCGGAGAGAAGGUGGUUUUAGGCGUCACGGGCUCGAUGACCGUCUACCGUAGUGGACAUGGGAUGGAAAUCGGUCCUCCAGGGAAACGUAAGAUGCCUAGUCUCACAGACCCGUCCUCACGCGCUCUGCUGUUUCGUAACCCAGUCCGCAGUUUAUUGCAUCCAACGCAACCCCCGUCGUCAAGGAUCGAGACGCAGGCAGAGGAAGGAAUCAUUCUACUACCCUCGCGAAAACCGCGCGAAAGAUCAUACCGUGAUAUUGAAAACACGCAACCGAACUCGGAUGCAGAAUCCGCGGCUGACUCGGGAGCAUCCGACGCCUCCGACUCCGACGACGGGAGCUUUGAGCACACAGAAUAUCAGCUAACAACUGUGGCGAUAAAUCAACGUCUUGGCGCGGAACCAACCUCUGUACCAAAUUGGCUGUUGCUACUGUCACACAACUUGUCAACCGUCCCGAUUACAUCCAAGAACGCGUCCACAGCUCGGGCUGAGAUAUCCAUUUCGAUUCUGACUCGAGCACUGGAUGCAAUCCCGCAGUCUCGCAUCCUUUGGCUCAAGUAUCUACAAGCGGGCGAAGACAUCUGGCAUGAGAGUAAAUUGCGAUAUGAGUGGGAAAAUGCCUUGAAGAAAGUUGGUGGAGGGGAUUUGUGGAUGGAAUGGAUGGAAUGUCAGAUCCGCAGAGGCAGAGGUGGUAUCUCGGCAAUCGUGGACGACGUCAAGCGGGCACUGUCUUCUCUUCAAGGGGACGAAAUCAGCCAACUUCGUGUAUUCUGGCGGCUCGCUGUUGCUCUUCAACAGGCUGGGUUUCCUGAGCGAGCUACUGCUAUGUUUCAAGCGCAAGCUGAAUUAACAUUCCAUGUCCCGUCCUCUCUCGGACGAUCCUCUUUCCAGCAAAGCCUAGACUCUCUGGAGGAGUUUUGGGAGACCGAAGUUCCUCGUGUCGGGGAGGAAAAUGCGCCAGGCUGGGAUGCCUGGGUCUCCGCUGGCUCUCCUACAAUCCCACCACCGUCUUACCCCACCGUAGCUCAGGUCGACGACCUCGACCCAUACCGCAAAUUCUGCUUUUCCGAACAGAUAUCAGACGGUACUCAGUUUAUGCCUUGUCGCGCCACAGAUGAUGCGGCAGAUUCUGAUCCGUAUGCGACUAUUCUGUUCUCAGACAUCCGGGAUGUCUUGCUCUAUCUUGUCACACCGACGGCCAAAGACGCGUUUCGUUAUGCCUGGCUUUCCCUCCUCGGACUGCAUGUACCUGGCUUCGUCGAUAUAGAUCCUGAAGGUGUAUCAGAUCUUGACGGGCGGUGGUCUCAUGUCCCUUUCACCCGAGCGUCCUUUUACGAUGCUCUUUUCCGUUUUACAGGGUCCCGCGAGAGCAGAAUCACGAAUGAUGCGGUGGCUGGGACUAUCAUUGGCCGUGAACGUGAAUAUAGAGAGGGGCUUGGCGGCCCUGUCAUGCUCUGGGGUCGAAAUACCGUGCAUCCGCUGAAAGUUCCAUCUGCCGAUGGUCGAUCUCGUUCAUUGUGGCGAAAGGAGGAACUGAGCGCGCUACCCACGGCAUUCAUCAGAAACGUCUUUGCGCAACUACGGGAUGGUAACUGUGGUUCUGAUUGGGACUGGUAUGCUUUGGCAUUCGAGAAUGCCCUCGGUGCAAAAAGGUGUUGUACGUUUUCCAUUACAAUAGCAACCUCACCGUUGACGGACGUUUGCAGCGCUCUGAAGCUCUCACGAAGUUUCCUGGCGAAUUCAUCAGAUUCAGUGACUCACUGGGCCGCGCAUGCCCGGCUCGAACAGUUGCGCGGUCGCCUGCAAGAUGCGCGGAAAGUGUAUCAGACUGUCCUUUUGGCCAAUGCGUCUCCAGGUACCGAUCACGGAGCUUUGUGGUGGGACUGGGCUGAAAUGGAGUGGCUUGCUGGGGAACCACAAGCCCUGCUGCGGGUUUUGCUGACAUGUACUGGUGUCGAGGGCACAAAUGGCAUAGCUCUGUUGCGUGCUAAACGGUCUUUAGAUGAUCGGAUCCAGACUUCUGAUCGCCCAGGUCGGAUAGCCUGGAUCAUGCUACGAACUCUUUUUGAGCUCGCUGCUGGGAAUGGUGCUGAGGCUGCCCUCGAUGUCUUCGAUGUUCAGCUCAAGCUAGUCGAUGACAGCUCUCUUGAACGACUGCAGGUCGAGGGGCUCCUGAUGCUCUUCCGACACACUGUAGUCCUCCGCCAUCCAUUGCCCCCCGCUUUGCUGAGAACGAGAGCCGAGGCAGCGGUCAAGGCAUACCCCAGCAACUCUAUCCUGCUCGGUCUAUAUCUAGAGGCCCAGAAAGGCCAGGGUGUCUGGGGGAAAGUGCGAGGCUUAUUGGGGGAAGAGACUGAGAAAACGGUUGGGAGACGGAUUGAGGAUGUUUGGAUCGCAGCUUGGGACCAAGGCAGAUGGGAAAAUGAAGUUGAGCGGAUGAGGAUCGCGCUCAUGAGUGCUCUCGAGAAUGGAUGCACAAAACAUAGCUGCAUUCUGUGGAGACUAGCUACUGAACUCGAGGUUAAGACAGGAAAUCUCCCCAGGGCUAAGGCCUUGUUGUUCAGAGCGAUCGGAGAUUGUCCUUUGGUCAAAGACUUGUAUCUGCUUGCUUUCGGUCCGUUACGGUCCGUUUUCACGACUCGCGAACUGAACUCGUUCGCCGAUUCGAUGGCUGAACGUGAAAUUCGAACUAGGCGAGGGCUGGAUUCAUUCGUAGUGGGUUGGAAGGAAAAGGACGCUCAAGAAAACUUGCCAGAGGAUGAUAUUCCAGAGGGUGAUGAGAUCGAGCGUUCCGCCAACGAAUAUCGCAGAUUGCUCCCGUAUUAGCCCAUUUUUAUUACAUACCGCGCAGUUUCAUGCUGUGCAUUCAGAACCCCGCCUAGCGAUUAGCCGAUUGCGCAUGACUGUAGUACGGACCCACGAGGGGAAUGAGGUUCUCAUUCCGAACUCUACCCCAUCCUACACCUCUGGGCCAUCGUCGAACACCUUGCAACGAAUGCGCUUGGCUUCGCUUGAAUACUCAUUCAUGUGUUGUGAACGAACCAGUCGGUUCGAUCAACACCCUGAUUUGGAUACCGUAACACAAAUAAG